AUGGAGGCUCCACCACUUGCGUCACUGUCGCUGACGCAUGUCCAUUAUAAUCCCGCAGACCGCAUCUCCUACCUCUGCGCAUGGCUUGCUCUCGUGCCCCAGGGACUGUGCGUCGUCUAUGCGACGCUGAUAUGGUCCAACCGCGAGAUUGAGAUCUUCCUCAUGUUUGCCGGCCAGAUGGCGUGCGAAGCGCUCAACUGGGUUCUGAAGAGAUACAUCAAGGAAGAGCGGCCGCGGGAGAUGCAUGGAAAGGGCUACGGAAUGCCUUCCUCACACGCCCAGUUCGUAUCCUUCUUCUCCGUUACCCUAGGCCUGUUUCUCCUCUUCCGACACGUUCCCCACCCGACGGAUACCCACACGCCCUUCUCACUGGGUGGCCGUUUCCUCCUUUCACUCCUAGCAUUGGCUUGUGCAGGAGCUGUAGCUGCAAGCAGGAUAUAUUUGAGCUAUCAUACACCAAAACAAGUCGUGGUCGGAUGUGCUGCCGGAGCUAUCUUCGCCCUGGCUUGGUUCGCCUUCACAACAUAUCUGCGGAGAGCUGGCUGGAUAGAGUGGGCUCUCGAAACCUGGGUCUUGAGAACGCUGCGUGUAAGAGAUCUUGUGAUACAAGAAGACCUGGUAGAUUCUGGCUGGGCACGUUGGGAAGAUCGGAGGAAACGACAGAUCUUCCAGGUUCAGGGUAAGAAAAGCAGAAUCACAUCGGGACGCGGACCAUUCCUCAAGCCUCUUGACUUUUUUUUAGCUCCCGCGGGCCGCCGACAACCUCGUAGUAAUACUGAAACCCUAUCACAACAGGUGCCUUCUUUACAAGGACACGUCUUCAGUCAGCCUUUGUUGGAGUUCUCCAUUCAUGAACGGCGAUCCCGACACUUAGUGGUUCAGACUAUAUGUGGACCCUUGACGCGCAUCUUCCUAUGGACAUUUUUUUCGUCGAUAUCUUCUACCAUCUGUCUUACACAGCUUCCUGUCGAAAUCAAGACCUUUCGCUCUCAAACCCUCUUCCUUAAUCUCCAAUCGACAAUGCCGCGCAUGUCCACCUACCGCGAGCCAAAGCCUCCACCACGCCGGCGUUCCCGAAGCCAAAACGGUAACAGUAGUCCGCUCCCACGCAAUGAAUCAGAUUACGACGUACCCGCUCCUGAACCCAAGAAGCAUCUCAGCAGUCUUGAGGGCCACAUUGUAGCAGCCAGUGGAGAAUUUGUCGGCACCUUCAUGUUCCUCUUCUUUGCUUUUUCUGGUCAACUCAUGAUCACCAAUCAAGCCAGCGAUCGUUCGAUUCUCAACGGUGGUACGAGCAGUCAGCAGAAUAUCUUCACAGCCUUGGUGUAUGGCUUCAGUUUGUUGGUAAAUGUUUGGGCUUUUUUUCGGAUCAGCGGAGGACUGUUCAACCCUGCGGUAACGAUUGGUAUGGUGAUUGCCGGUCAACUUCCCUUUAUACGGUCACUCUUUCUCUUUCCUGCUCAGCUACUCGCAUGCAUGUGCGCCGGUGGACUCGUCGAAUGCAUGUUUCCAGGAGAUAUCGGUGUUGUCAACACUUCACUAUCUGGCGGUACCUCCAUCGCCCAAGGUGUCUUUAUCGAGAUGUUCAUGACCGCCGAGCUCGUGUUCGUCGUUCUAAUGCUAGCCGCCGAGAAGAGUAAAUCUACAUUCAUUGCGCCAAUCGGUAUUGGCCUGGCGCUUUUUGUAGCCAUGAUGGGUGGCGUUUACUUCACGGGUGGAUCACUUAACCCCGCACGCAGUUUUGGUCCUGCUGUUGCUUCACGAACGUUUGUCAGCUACCACUGGAUAUACUGGAUUGGCCCUAUACUUGGUGCACUCCUUGCUUCGGCAUACUACCGCUUUGUCAAGCACUUCAAUUACGAGCAGGCGAACCCUGGCCAAGAUUCUGCUGGUGGUCACUUCUCUGCAUAA